UUAUUAUUGAAUGGAAAGAGAUUAAGAAAGUGUAUAAGAAUAGCCUUAAGCCAAGGAAAAUGAUAUUUCUGAAGCACAUUCUGUGGACAUGUCAUUAAAUUGUCGAUAAUCAUUCAUAAGAAAUGUUCGUUUUUUAGAUUUAUUAUUGAUAGGUAUAUUUAACUUUCUGGCUCCAAUAAAUCGCUAUAUAUUUAUUUGCAUACUAUUCAAUUAAAACACCUAUGUUAAGAGAAUUUGAGGCAAAAUAAGUUUGGGUUUUAGUGCUCAUUUCUGUAUUCGUCAUAGUCUUAUAUUGUUAUCUAUUUUCUAAUAAGAUCGAGACAAGAAAAUAAAUAAAUAAAUUUAUUUGGAUUUUUGUUGUGACCUUAACUUAAGGAUAUGUAAUCUCAGCAUUUUGUUGUAUCAUUAGUAAUAAAAUCAAUAAUGGAAGUAAUUAAUUAUAUAUUAUCUAUUAGACCUUUUCAUUUAAUAUUUAUUAUUUAUGAAUGGUAUUAUGAUUUUAGGAUUAUAUCUAUUCACACAAUUCUAUCCAAAGGAUUUCAAAAUAGGAGAAAGCUUUUUAUUCUGUUUUUUUUUUGGCUUAAUUUAAAGUGCAUUUUUAAUUUACUUAUACAGAGAUGAUAUUAAGUUUAUAUUCAUUUCAUUAUGUUUGAUACUAGCUUAUUCAUUUUACCUAAUUUAUGAUAUGAAAUGUAUUGUUGAAUAUAAGGUAAUCUAUUAUUUUUUAUUAUUAGAGAUAUUCAGUUGGAAAAGAUGACUACAUACUAGGGGUCUUCAUUUUGAAUAUCGAUGUUUUUAUUUUACCUAUCGAAUUUCAUAAAUACCUUAAAGACGGUAAAAAAUGAAAAUAAAAUAAAUAAUGAACAUUUAAAUAAAAAUUAUAAUCUGUC